GCCUAUAAGGUCCUCUGUGGGCUGGUCUUGUAACCCCUUCCCCGCUCCCCCAUUUCCACUCCCACUACCUUCCAUAUUCACCCCUUUCCAGGUAUACAGUGCCUCUUACAGUUUGUCAGUUAUGUCAGCCACACUCCCACAUACUGUCACCUCAGGGCCUUUGCACCUGCUAGCCCCCUGCCAGGAAUGUUCUUUCCCAGCUAUCUGCCUGCUUGUCCGCUGCCUUACUUCAUUCAGGACUCACUCAAAUGUCACUGUGUCAGGUGAACCUUCACCAGCCGCUCGUAACACACACUUUCUAAAGUCAGCCACUGAAACUGACCCUUUUAUUCCUAUUUUAUUAACAUCUCCCAGCUGAACUUUAGGAAAGUUGAUGAGUUUACCUAAAGCCUUAUUGAUGAUGCAUGCAUUUUUAUUUAAAAGGGCAAAAUGCCGUAACUCUGUUUCCUUUUGGUUUUGGUUUUGUUGUGGCUGUUUUUCCAAAUGCCUUCGCUUCUGCUGUGCCCUCCAAAAUCAAAAGCCGUGGAGUUUGUUUCCAAAGAGAGCUUUUGGGACGAUUUAUUAAAUGAACCCACGAACUCAGUGGAAACUGAGAGCUACGAUAACAAGGUUCUCAACAGCUCCUAUCAGGUAGUGUUUAGGACCGUGCUCAAAGAAAUGGCUGCUCGCCAAGAACUGGAAGAGGAUAUUGACAUCCCCCUGACUGGGGUUCUGGAGAGUGAAACCAGGAGGAAACUGGGAAUUCUGUUGAAGAAAAAUUUUGGAAAAUUCAAGCAAACAAUCCUCUGGAUUAUGAAGAAACGUGAAAACUUCCUCACGACCAAAACUGCGGAGACAUCGACUUUCACAUUUCACUUAUGGAAACAACCACCACAAGGUGAGGAGCCUGUGCCAGAAGCCAAAAAAAUUCGUCGUGUGGUUUAUCGUAAGAAGAAAUUGGAAGUAGAUACGGGAUGGGCACACAGCAAGACUGAGGCAUUUGGGUAA